AAUGUAAGUGGCAGUUGCCAGUGGGAUGAGCUGAUGGGGCCAGACAACUCUCCCCCACCUGAAUAUUCCUCUUUUUUGCCCUCGGGCCACUCAACCAACAUGGGCACUGCUCCCAAUGCUCCGUAUCCCAGUUUGCCCAUCGGUGGUCAGCCUGCACGUCCACAGUUCCCGCCUGAUGUUAACUCUGGUGCUGGCAAUCUUAAGGAUGGAAACCAGCCCAAACCAGCACCUCGCUCUAAGUUUGGUGAGGGUGAUGCAGACUUUGCACUUCCUGACCUACCUAGUGUUCCAGACCUCCCAGGAACUGCUACCUUCUCCAAUCCUACUGAAACUAAAGAUGAUAUAGAUUUUGAUGACUUAACCAAGAGAUUUGAAGAUUUAAAGAAGAAAAAAUAAAUUCAUUAUUAAACAGUUAAUAGUUGUGUUAAAGGGAGAAAUGAUGUACAGUAUAAUUUAGACUUUGUAGCAUUGCCAUUUUUCAAGGUCUAUAGUCUCUUCAAGAAUUUCAUAAUACAAUAACUUAACAAUUACUUUUUUUUUUUUCAAAAGCAGUGCACACUAAUGUAUUUUUAACUCUUUGAUGUUGGUUUUUGUUCUUAUUCAAAUAUAUCAAAUGCUCAUUGUAUAUUAGCUUAUAUGGUUUAUUGAUUAUGAUGGCCAGGAAAAUUCUUACAUAACAGAUAAAUAAGUGGGAUUUUGAUAUUGUUAGCCUUCAAGAUCAUACUAUAGUAUAUUAUUGUUAACUAGGGGCAUUGUCUUGCAGUAGUUUUCCAAGACUUUAUCAUAAGGCUGUACAAGCUUCUGCUUAUUGUAAUUUAAACUGUUAAUAUUUUUGCCUGGUUGCAAUGAGCAGGAUUGUAAUGUCUGAAUAUCAAUAUUGUUUUUAUAUUGCCAAUUACAAUUUGUACUUGAUUGCUUUAGUAUUUACAAUGUGCCUUGCCACAAAAUAUAUUUAGAUUUAAGCAUAAUUGUGUAAGAUUAUAAAAUGUCCUUGUGCACAAAAUAUAUUGGCAAAAAUAUAUGUUAAUUAUAUAAUAUCUAAUUACA